GCCCCGAUGGGCCUGUGCUACAGCCUGCGGCCGCUGCUCUUCGGGGGCUCGGGGGACCCCCGCGGGGCGUCCCCGGACGCGCGCGCCGAGGACGGCGAGCCGUGCGCUGCCCCGGUCCCCGUCCCGGCCCCGGCUCGGGCUCCGGCNCGGGCUCCGGCGGGGACCCCGCUCGGGCGAGGCGGCGGCGGCGGCGGCCGGAGCCCCGCGAGCGUGCGGCCGCCCGGGGAGCCGCAGGGCCGGCGGCGGCAGGAGCAGCUGCGCGCCGAGGAGCGCGAGGCGGCGAGGGAGGCGAGGAGAGUGAGCCGCGGCAUCGACCGCAUGCUGCGCGAGCAGAGGCGCGACCUGCAGCAGACGCACCGGCUCCUGCUGCUCGGGGCCGGCGAGUCCGGGAAGAGCACCAUCGUCAAACAGAUGAGGAUCCUGCAUGUCAACGGCUUCAACCCCGAGGAGAAGAAGCAGAAAAUUCUGGACAUCAGGAAAAAUGUCAAAGAUGCUAUUGUGACGAUCGUUUCGGCAAUGAGUACUAUAAUACCUCCAGUUCCACUGGCCAACCCUGAAAACCAGUUUCGGUCAGAUUAUAUCAAGAGCAUAGCCCCUAUCACCGACUUCGAAUAUUCCCAGGAGUUCUUUGAUCAUGUGAAGAAGCUGUGGGACGAUGAGGGGGUGAAGGCCUGCUUUGAGAGAUCCAACGAGUACCAGCUGAUCGACUGUGCACAAUACUUCCUGGAAAGGAUUGACAGCGUCAGUCUGGUUGACUACACUCCCACAGACCAGGACCUCCUCAGAUGCAGAGUGCUGACAUCAGGAAUUUUUGAGACGAGAUUCCAAGUGGACAAAGUGAACUUUCACAUGUUUGAUGUCGGUGGCCAGAGGGAUGAGAGAAGAAAAUGGAUCCAGUGCUUUAAUGAUGUGACUGCCAUCAUUUAUGUGGCCGCCUGCAGCAGCUACAACAUGGUGAUCCGGGAAGACAACAACACCAACAGACUGCGGGAGUCACUGGACUUGUUUGAAAGCAUCUGGAACAACAGGUGGUUACGGACCAUCUCCAUCAUCUUGUUCUUGAACAAACAAGAUAUGCUGGCAGAGAAAGUCUUGGCAGGGAAGUCAAAAAUUGAAGACUAUUUCCCAGAGUAUGCCAACUACACCGUCCCGGAAGAUGCAACACCAGAUGCUGGAGAAGACCCCAAAGUUACGAGAGCGAAGUUCUUUAUCCGGGAUCUGUUUUUGAGGAUCAGCACGGCCACGGGCGAUGGCAAACAUUACUGCUACCCUCACUUCACCUGCGCCGUGGACACAGAGAACAUCCGCAGAGUGUUCAACGACUGCCGUGACAUCAUCCAGAGGAUGCACCUCAAGCAGUACGAACUCUUGUGAGGGCCGCCUACCCCUCCCCCUCCUCACUGCCGCCUCUCCUCCCUCUCGGCCACCCCACGAGGCAGUGUAUCUCCCUAGCCUGCGUGUCUGUCCACCCCGAGCCACGGUAGGACAUAGUGAGUGUCUAGUGUCACUGGGCUGCCGUCUGUCCUGUCCUAGGUAUGCUCACAUGUGACCACCAAGCCUCUGGCUACCUCUGUCCCCCACCCAGGUUUGGUUCCGUAACUUUUGUUUUCACUGGACUAAAAAGCCUCCCACCACCAAUUAGAAUCACUGCAAAGCCAUCAACUCUCACGUGGGUUCUACUGCAGUGAAGUUUCUCAGGGUGGGAAUCUAUCUAUUCAUUGAUUGGUUGGUUGAUGGACUGAACCAUCAGAGCCAGCUUGGUAAAUAGGGGAAAUACGUUGUUUUCAAGAUAACAAGCAUGAUCACAAAACUGUCCGAACAGGGCCAUGCCCUGUGGAUCUUUUCUGGUUUUCCAUUUAUAAAACAUCAGCCUAGCAGGUGUCUGCCCCUUCUGAUCUGCAUUGGCCCAAGGCUUAGAGUAGACCCACGCCAGCAAAAGAGCAAGAGGAACUUUUUUUCAGCCACAGUUUUAAUGGCUAUAAGCCUCCAGCAUUCGGGUUAGAGCACUUCUUGGAGCCUUUUACAUUUAGGCAGAAAACCUGCCACAUUCACUACAGCAAAUUGUGUCCUGUCUACAAACAAGGUGUCCUCUACACCUUUAUGAUAGCUGGGCAUGGUCUUUCCUAUCUUUCUGUUGUUGCUUUACUAGACUGUGCAGACCACAAGAUGUACUACUCUUCUGUAUGACUACUAAAGAAACCUCCUUGGAGAGCUCCGUGCCUUGGUGGCGGCCACACCUGUAAGGGGUUACAUACGUCCCAGCUGUGCCAAGCUGCUAGCAGACCACACAGCCUGCUGCUUCACAGUAGGGAAUCAGUAGUAUCUGUUCAUCUUAGGAUAUUCUUAUCAGGUCGGUACUUUUGGAAGACUCAUUGAUCUUAGAACCAUCCGAAUUACCAGCAGCAGCAUCCCGACUCUGAAACUGUUGCAAAUCUUGAACCUCAGCUGCUGCAAACACUGGGAUAACCCAAUUUCAAGGCAUAAAUGAUAACCUAUUCUUUUUCAGGGUACCAAGGUUUUUUUUUUUUUUCCCCUCCAAAGAUAAAAUGUUUCUGAUGACUUUUUCAGGCUAACCAUUCCUUAGUUAAGUUCUGCACACAGGGGCUGGAGAGAUGGCUCAGAGGUUAAGGGCACUGGCUUCCAGAGUCAUGAGUUCAAUGGCCAGUGACCACAUGGUGGCUCACAACCAUCUAAAAUUAAAUCUGGUGCCCUUUUCUGGCAUUCAGGUGUACAUGCAAACACAAAUUGCAUACAUAAUAAAUAAAUAAAUCUUAAAAAAAAAAAAAAAGUUCUGCACACAGUCCCAUGAAACAAGAAACCAUUGGUCAGAGAAAAAGCAUAGGAGUGUCGAUGCAGUACAUGACUGAGAACAAUAAGGGCGGCAUCUUCUGAGAUACCACAAAGCUACCUACUUAUCAUCUAUCUCUCUAUCUGCAUUGCUAGGGAUGAGCUUAGCACCUGGUGCAUGCUAGGCAAGCACCGUACUGCUAAUGCAUGUCCCCAGCCCUAACUCCAGCCCCACAAAAACCUUUUAUUUAAAAUAUAAAGAUAAAAGAAAUGGCUGUUCCUCAUAUGUGCAAGACCUGCAAAUACAAGUGUUAAAGUAGGACACCUAGAAAAUAACAGUUGCUGUAGCCAUGCGCUGCUUAGCCUGUGUAUGGCUGAGGCUUUGGGGAUGGUUCUCUUAGGCUGGAAGUUAUCUGUAAAAAUGCCCAAACUUAAGUUUUCAAUGGUAUGAAUACAAAGGAGCGACAGCCUGCAUUACUUAUUCACCUCCUUAUGGUUGUUUAAAGUCGGCGCUGUAUGAAGCUUUACAAACCUAUCCUGUUGGAGACGCUCUUCCAUGAAAGGGUACGGCACAUUCUUGGGCCACAUCCUCACUGCCACCUUGUGCUGUUUUCCACCACUACACAAAACUUCCAUCUGAAGCUGGGCGAUGGUGGCGCACACCUUUAGUCCUAGCACUCGGGAGGCAGAGAGGCAGGCAGAUCUCUGAGGUCGAGGCCAACCUGGACCACAUAGUGAGUUCUAGGACAGCUAGGGAUACACAGAAGUGUAGGGAUACACGAAAGUGAUUUUCAGUUCCACCCCAAAGCAAAGCAAGAAGAAAAAUUUGCGCACACACACAAAAAGCGAAGUUUUAUACUACUGUGUGUAUUAUUACAUAAGAGUUCCCUGCUAACUGAAGGUCUAUUGUAAAGUUGUGUUGGGGCUGAAUGUAUAACUCUGAUAGAUCACAUUCUUAGCAUGCAUAAGACCUGAACUCAAUCAAAAUAAAAGAAAUAUAAAUAAAAUUGGAUCAUUAAGAAAGAUCUAACAGCUGGGUGCAGUGGUGCUCGCUUGUAAUUCCAGUAAUCUGAGAGGCAGAGGCAGGCAGAUCUGACUGUGAGUUCAAGGCCAGCCUGGUC